GUUCUUGCGUUCAGAGGCGGGCCCGGUGAAAGGGUUAAACAUUUGGAGGAGGGUUUCCGGGAACAGCUCAAAAGUCGUCCUCAGACGUCAUCCGGGACUUGUUCGGGCUUCUUUUUUUCUUUUUUUUUUUUUUAACUCUCCACACAAAGGAUGUCGGUGAGCAUGACUAAGGAGGGCGGGGUGACGAUGCUGACGCUGAGCUCCAACCCCAAAAGUCGCUGGCCCCCCCUGUGCCAAAUCUUGGGGGCCCUGUGCUACAGCCCCGCGUGCUGCUCGGUUUCCCGGCACCUGCGGGGCGCCGCGGGGACCUCUCAGUCUGUUCUGGGGGCGCUGCACAUCAUGGUGGGCUUGCUCAACGUGGGCCUGGGCGUCAUCCUCAUGUGCAGCGGGCCCGCCUCCAGCUGGGAAAUGGAUUCGACCGCCUUUCCUCACUGGUCGGGAGCACUGUUCAUCCUCUUCGGCGUCGUCUGCAUCUUGUCCGAGAGGUUCCCGAGUCCGUGUCUGGUCUUGGUCAACGCCAUCUUGAACUUCUUGGGAAUCGCCUUCGCGAUCGCCGCCAUCGUCCUUUACGCCAAGAACGCGGCCAACAUACACCUGUGGCCGGGGUGCCGAGAAUACGACUACGGUUACGGGUCCAGAAGGCGCGCCACCACCACUCCGAGUCCCCACGCGGAAAAGUAUUUGGAGCGCUGCUUGGAGGGGCAAGCCCUGACGCUUAUGCUGCUGAGAGGCAUCAACGGCGUCGCCAUCGCGCUCUCCGUCCUGGAACUCGCCCUGGUCGUCAGCUCCUGCGCGCUCGCCAUCAAAUUGUUGAACUGCGACGACGGCGACCACCGCCAGCAGGGCCGUCCCAAAGCAGACGGAGAAUGCGAGCCGCUCCUGGAGGAAGUCGUGGCCUGAACGCGCCUCCUUCUUCUUCUUCUCCUCCUCCUUGUUCUUCUUCUUCUUCCACUUCUCCAAGUGCACCUUGACACUCUUUCAUCUGUGAUUCACAUGAAAUGUAUCAAAGUACAUCUGAUUUGCCGUCGAUUGUGGAUGCCGAGCGUUUGUGUUGACUUUUGGUAAAUGAAAGCUGCUUUUGAUUUGUAAAUUUUUGGGGCGAUGUAUGAAAAAUGUCAUUUUCUUUCUUUUUUUUUUUUUUUUUUUGCUACUUAGUAUAUUUGUCUCCUGCUCAUGAAGACGCGUCGACAAUUACAUUUCCGAGA